UGCCUAUAUAAGCCGGCGGAGGGAGGCUGGUGGAUCAGUGGUAGCGAGGCAGCAGUGGAAGCAAGCAGUGCGCGAGUGAGUGUUGCAACAUGGCGGCGAAAGACUACGUGAGGUCGGCGUUAAUUUUCAGUGCCCUUGUGGUGGUUGUGGCUGGCAGGGUAACAAAUCCAAAGUCAUACACCGAUACCUUUCUUGCCCUUCCACAAGUGUGUCGCGACCAUGAAUUCCUGUGUGACGGAAACAGAUGUCUGCCCAAGAGGUGGAUGUGUGACGGAGACCCAGAUUGUGAGGACGGCGAGGACGAGAAGACCAAGAACUGCGAGGCUGUAAGGAGCAAACAGUCCAGGGAGUGUGUUACUGAUGAGUUUACAUGCAACAACACACAGUGCAUUCCCAACAACUGGAAAUGUGACGGACACGAUGACUGUGGCGAUGGCUCAGAUGAAGUGGCGGAAGUGUGUGCCACGUGUGCGAGUGGGGAGUUCAAGUGUGUGAGUGACGGCCAGUGUGUGUCUGGGGAUUACGUGUGCAACAAGAUGGAGGACUGUGAAGAUGGGUCUGAUGAGGCGGAUUGUCCAGAGGAGACCACUGAGGCGCCCUCCCCUGACCAUUUCUACUGUGAGAACGGCCGCCGCAUCCCUUACCGCUGGAAGUGUGACGGGAGUGAUGACUGCAUGGACGGUUCAGACGAGAGGCAUUGCAGUAGGACUCAAACAGGCACACUUCCCUCACUCUGCCUGGCCGGGGAGGUGCAGUGUGGCCUCACGUGCAUACUACAGAACUGGGUGUGUGACGGCAAGGCGGACUGCGAGGAUGGGACAGAUGAAAGGGACUGCCCCGCCCAGUGUCCUGAGGGUCAGUUCAAGUGCGCCAAUGCAGGCUGUAUCCCGGCGGAGAGAAGGUGUGAUGGCUCCGCGCAGUGCAUGGACAACUCAGAUGAACAGGACUGUGAUCUACAGACGACCCCCACCCCGAGGAGCAACGACACGUGUAACCCAGAGAGCCAGUUCUCCUGUGGGGACGGCAAGUGCAUCCCGAAGCAGCGCAUGUGUGACGGCAUCAAUGACUGCAGUAAGGGCGAGGAUGAGUUGGUGCAGCUGUGUGGCAUUGACGAGUGCCGGGAGAAGAACGGCGGGUGUGAGCACCUUUGCGUCAACACUCGGGAGUCGUACUACUGCCAGUGCCGGCCGGGUUACAGACUCGCCAGAAAGUUUAACUGUGAAGACAUUGAUGAGUGUCUGGAGGCGCCCGGAUCCUGCUCCCAGAAGUGCACUAACACCAUUGGGGGCUUCCACUGCUCCUGUCAGCCUGGCUAUCGCCGUGAUCCUUCCAACUACACACGCUGCAAGGCUGAUUCUGGCGACCCUUACCUCAUCUUCUCCCACAGCUACGACAUUCGGAUCCUGAGACUAAGGGACGGAGAACUGACCACCCUCGUCAAGGAUGCCAGGAGAGCCACCGCCUUCGACUUCCAGUACAAAACCAACCAGAUCAUUUGGUGCGACAACAAGGACAAGAAGAUCAAGAGAGCCCACAUGAGCAGCCCAGAGACUCCUGAGGUGUUGGUGGAGAAGGAUGAGAUGACAGUGGAUGGUCUUGCAGUCGACUGGAUACAUGGAAACAUUUACUACACAGACAUCGCGGCUAACAAGAUCCAGAUGAUUUCCUGGGACGGCCGCUGGACUCGCACCAUUGUGACUGAUAAGCUGGACCUUCCUCGCGCCAUUGCCGUGAAUCCCGUUGAUGGGUACGUGUACUGGACUGACUGGGGAAAUGCACCCAAGAUUGAACGCUCUGGUCUUGAUGGCAAUGAAAGAACCCCUCUUAUCAUCGCUCCUGAUGUGCACUGGCCCAACGGCAUCACUGUGGACUACACCAACAAGAAGCUGUACUGGUGUGACGGCUACCUCAACAAGAUCAAGAUGUCUAAUAUGGAUGGAUCAGGAGUCGAGACUGUGCUGUACUCGUCUGAGGUGCUUCGCCUGCCCUACUCAGUGUCAGUGUUUGAGGACAGGCUGUACUGGGUGGAUUGGUCUGAGAUUGGACUCUUCAGUGCUGACAAGUUCAACGGAGACAAUAUUCAGCACGUGUCUGCCGGCCACCUGCUGGAAGCGCCUCGAGUCGUCCAUGUUUACCACCAGUACCGGCAACCAUCGGGGGAGAACGUGUGUGAGGCCCACAGGUGCAGCCACUUCUGUGUCCGCACCUCUCAGGGACAACCUAUGUGUAUCUGUGCCGACGGCUUCUCAAUCUCCCUUGACGGAACCACUUGUAUUAACGAUACCACUGUUAUCGUGUCCCCUGGCGGUAACAACGAGGAUACAGCAAUGGUAGAUACUUUGCCUGAAGGACUCCUCCCAUCGGCAGUGUUUGGUCCGCCCAGCAGCAGCAGUAAUCAGGAGAAGACGGUCAUUGAAGUGUCGAGUCCCCAGGCUGGCAUGGUGCUGGGUGUUGUGCUGGGAUCCCUCGUAGUUCUUGGCCUUGCUGUUGGGAUGUUUGUUGGGUUCCUGAAGAUGCGUCGACGGGUUAUCAUCCACACUCGCUUCCCCAACCCAGUGUACCGCAAGACCACAGGCAUUGAGGAGGACGGGAGCGGCUACACCAUUGAGCAGGAUGGCAUUAUAUUCCUCCCGCAGGAGUAUGACUACAGCGAUGCUCAGAAUAAAGUGUUGAUUGACCAUGAUGAUUCAGUGCUACUAACACCAAAGAAGUGAGGGAAGUGGAGGUGCAGCCCUUUGGAUUGAGCGUGCAAGACAUACAACAGAGACCAGACUAGUACUGUCGAUGUGGCCAAAGGGACAGGAGGAGGAAGGGGAUUCUCGAUGUACCAAAGAAGUUCUGAAGGUUGGCCACAAAUCUUCUUUACUGGUGUAGUGUAUUUUAUAGACCAUUUGUAGAGUGGGUGGAUAAAUUUGUAGAUUCUGUAGACAGAUUUGUAGAUGUGAAGUGGGUGAAGUUUUUUGCAAUGCCUUAUUUAUACCCGCAAAAGACAGUGAUAUGUAGAAGUUGUGCAUAGGAUUGUGAUAUGAAUGUACAGUGUACAUAUGUAUAUAGUAUUUAAAAGAGGAAAGUGUUGACCAAGAGAGGAAAGUAACCUCUUGGGACAUGAAUCCUCUGAUCAUCACUCAUCAUUCCUAUCACCCAUCAUGAUCGUUUACGUGUUAAGGACCAAAUGACCAAUGUAUUUACUCCAUGCUGGAAUUCACCAUGGAGAUCACGUCAGAGACACGUUGUGAAGAUAAUGUUACUUGUUACGAGAGGCUGUUUUUGUAGUGACGGGCUGUAACGAGCAUGCUGGCUAGUCAUACAUCAAAAGUACGUCUGUAGAUGUCUUGCGGCCAUGUCAUGAUAGUAGAUUAGUAAGUAGUCCUUAAGAGUAGUAGUGGAGUGUUUCUGUUCCUCUUGCAAGGUGUGAUGGACACAUAAGGACAGUGUUACACGUGGCUUUGUGACACGGCAAGAAACAGUGAUCAGAAGAGCCUGUUCCUUGUUGUGUAUCUCAAGUAUAGAUCACAAAUGUAUCUUUUUUUUCUUUAAUCUGAGGUAAAGCACAAAGGUAUUGUUAAGUGUUUCCUAAGAUGAUGUGACACACUGGUGGCAAAUGUGAGUCUUUCAAUGCAUUACUUAAUUUAUGUUUCUGGCCAGUGUCUUGUCACAUGCUCCAGUUUUUUUAUUACUUGUAUUUAUUUUUUAUACCUAGUGAUAUGAUAGCUUGUGAAUGAUACUUCUAUAUAUUUCUAAUGGCAACACAAUAUCUAUUGAUAUAAUAAAAUGCAUAAUGUAUCAA